AUGCCUAGACGCGCAAAGAAAUCCACCGGAGGCGCCCCUCGUGGGUCACAGUACAUUAAUGGGAAGCUUGUUCACAUGGCAACAAAUCAGAAAUUAUACUUCCAAACUUCAGUGUCCACCGUGUUCCGGGAAACGUUGAAACCUCAGGAACAAUUCUCUAAGAAUGCAGCUGAACGUGUGAUGGAAAGGAACCUGCGAAAGCGCCAAUCGCGGGGCACGAUGAAUGUGCUGGAAGAUCAGUUCACGUUGGAGAAAAACAAGCUUGGUACCAGAUCACCCUUCCGCCCGUACCUUUACUACAGGGAAAUCGAGGAGAUCCAGAGGAGCAAAACCAAACCGGAAUACUUCGUACUCAGUGUGGACUCUGAGAAGAGUGGAUUAAAAUACUAUGAAGUUUACAAAUGCAAAACUGCGGAUGACGCUUACAAAUUCGAGAAAUAUGUGAGACAGGCGAUGGAAGAUCCUGAGGACAGAAUUCGUGAAGGUCAGGCUCUGGGAGUGGUUCCUGUUGAAAACAAUCCUGAUAUGCGACGAUCGCUGGUAUAUGUUGACUUUCAAACAAGUAUGGAGUCGCUAGAGGAGAACGAUCGGCGCAGUGGCUUGUAUCAACCUUCAAGGCAAUCUCCAACGCCAGUGCUACAGUCUAAAAUCUCGGUGGAUGGAUUACGCUGA